UAUAAAACGUCGUUGAAUAAGCCAUCUCAGGUCAAAAUAUUCGCAAGCGUUUAGGAAGAUUAUAACUGUUUAUAUAUAAUAUAAGAACAUUCUACAAUUCGAACGUUCGCGAGGCUGCACCAGUGAAUGUGAAGGAUGAGGUUUCUUAAAUAUGGGAUUCUGUGUGGUCUAAUAUGCCUGGGUCUGGCUGCUGAGCAAUGUAUCGACAACAAGGGUAAAAACAAGUGCCAAAAGGCCACGUCAUCGGCGGACUGUGACACGGAAAACACAGGCAAGCAGUGUAUGGAACUAAGGAAGGGGCUGUCGCAGAAUACAUUCACCAUAUGUGGAGGUCCUCAAGCCGAAGGAUGCGCCUGUGACCCCGUCCUGACGUCAUCGGAGGCAUGCGCAAAAGGCUUUAGUUGUCAGGUUCUUCAGUGCCACCCAAACAAUGGCAUAUGCAAAUACACGUGCCAAACAGAAGAAACCUUUGGAAUUGACUGCGCUGUCGAACGACCAUGGAGACAGGUUUAUCACCAUGAUAGGUACGGCGUUCCUUUAAAUGGUAAUAUACAGGAUCUAAUAGACGCGGUGAAGAGAGGUGACGACAUCAAGGUAAAGAACAUCGACCCCGACGGUGGACUACAAACUGUGUCCAAGGUUACCGUGAACAAGGAACUAAAUGACACGAAUGUAUAUGCACAGUCGCCGUUUGUUAUCUUACUCACAAUCGGAGCUUCAACCGAGGCUGGAGAACAGCUCUCGAUCAUAUCUACGGACGGAAUACGACAUCUGUCCACGUUUCCUAUUAUGACGGAUGUGCCGUUUCCCUCUCGAAAUAACGUAGAUCAAGCUCGCUUCGCAAUUUGGUUUAUCAGGUCGGUUUACACUCAAGAAUCGAACAAGGAACAAGUAUCGAGCGCAGUUAAGGACGGUGGGUCGGUCAGGGUUGGAAUUGACGUUGCGUCGGCUGUCAGUCAGUAUCUCCCUCUUGAAACAAUCACGGAAGAUCUGUCAGGUAUGACCAUGCACGAGCUAAAGGACAUGUGGAACGGCCGCGCAAUGAACACCACGGAGCAACGGAAUUUCCGCAGUUUCGAGCAGAACGCUACUGGUUCCACUAUGGAGAUUGCAAGCUACCAAGUCAACACCCCGACUCUUCUGGAGUACAAGAUGGAAGCCAACCCUGAUUUAACAUGGUUUGUGGACCCCUGUUGGGAGAUGAUCUACAGAAACGACGCACAGGGACAUGCUUUGUUUGGGACACGUGCUGCACUCAAGCAGAAAGUGAUGGAAGGCCAUGCUGUCACAGUCCGAAUAGACGGUGUUUUUUAUAAGGCUAAUCCAAUCACCAUAACUGGGGACAUCGUUAAAAUAACGAUCUACGACUCUCUGGGCAGUGACCUCGAGAACGCCGAGUGGAAUUGGAUAAUUGUCUAUUCUAACGGCCUCGUGACAACCGUGAAGGAACCAGUGGGGUACGGGCCCGAGAACGAGGAGACUGUUGUGCCUAAGGAGGUGGCAUGGUUCUCGGACAUUCGCGAUUACAACGAUCCCAUUGUAUUAGCAAAUGACGGAAGUGGUAACAAGGCGGACAUCAUCAACGCCAUUGAAGCCGGAAAAGACCUUCGCUACAUGAUCACCAUGGGCAACGGUGACAUAAAGGUCUACCAGCCCGAUGCAGCGAAGUCCUCUGGACAGAUGAGCCACAGUCGGGAGCUUGUGAACGUGGAUGGGGGCGGAAAUGAUCUCUCUCGUCGGUACUCCGUAAUGACCCUUACUGGGGUGUACCAGUACAGGGAUCUUAGUGUUGUCAGCAGAAAUCUGGGAGACCUUAUGACAAUCAACGUCGUCAGCACGUGGUUCAUCGGUAACUAACGUCAUCACCUUAAUGAUGUUGCAUCUUCAGUGCUAACUAGGAACAGAAAACAGUCAUUUUAGUUAAUAAAUGAAAAAUAAAUAAAGUUAGCAUUACCUCUU